AUCAGACUACGCUGGCGGAAAGGCGGAGAUUACACAGAUGAAUCGCGGAACGAAUCAUUUGAGAGUCAGUCAAGAAGUAAGGUAAUAAAAACUGCUUAUUAUUACGAAAUAAUAGUAUUUUUACAUCAUGUAUGUACAUAAACUUGUUGUCGGACACUCCAUAAACCAAAAUAAGCCCUUAAAAAUAUUGAGGAAUGUACUCUUUAAGCGGCUCGCCCAUGGCACAGUCAUACCACAGUCAUAAAAAAAAAUUUCACAGCACCCCCUGCUCAAAAUACGAUCCCGCGGCUAUGCACUCACCGUGAUGCUAGAUAUAGCGGAAGUGACACAUACUGAGGAAUCGACGUCAUUACUUGUGUUUAACCAAUAAGGCGAGGUUAGGGCGAGACGACACAUAGACCCGCCCUUAAUAUUACGCCAACCACUAACCAAUGAGACGCGUAGGAGCCCCCCAUAUGUAGCACCGCCCCGUACUGCAUCCUGCAGCCAGGACCUCCUCACUUCUUUGGGCCAUUAAGCCCUGCCUUUUUGUUUCGCAUUAUUAUUUAAUUUCUUCGGAUAAAAAAAUUCCACCCUACAUGAUGUAUAAGUGUUUUCUUUUCCACACGUUACUCAUGUUGCUAUUUUAUGGGUUAAAUUCCACAUUGUAAUUUGCGUUGUAUUUUAUGGUGGAUGUACAUUUUAAUCCGGCGUUUUUGACGGGCAGCUGAGCUGGGGUCUUUUCUGUGGGUCCUCAGUCAACGUGCUGCGGAUCGUUUGUAUGUGCGACGAAUUGAUGGGCUUGUUUUGGUUACGCGUUUUUUAAUUUUUGACGUAUUGUGAAAAGUUAUUAUUAUAUUAUUAUUUCAAUUUUACCAUGAUGCCGGGAGAGAACCAGUCAAAAGUCGGAGGAAUCGCCUCUGAUGCGACUUCUGGCACUUGUCAAAACUGCACUGUUUUGAAUCAGAGCUUGGAUGAAUAUGUGGCUGCUUUAUUAACGCUUAAGCAGAAGGUCAUUGACACUGACCCUCUUUUGAGUGAAUACAAAGAGAAGUGUGAUGAGCUUCAAAAAUCACAGAGAGAGAGCAGCAAACUGCACAGACAGCUGGAUGAGGUGCUGCUGAAGCUGGAGCCAUUAGAGAAACAGACGGCGGAGUAUGAACACAUAAAGACUGAGCUGGAGAAGACAAAGGCUGAUUUGAGAUGUUAUCAGCAGAAGUGCGAAGUGGUGGAGAAACUUAGAUCUGACAACUCUCAGAUGCUCGCAUUAAAAGGAAAAGUUGAAGAAUCCCUAAGGAAAGCUGAAGACACGGUGCAGAGGCAGAACCUGGAGAAUGAGAAACUCAAGGUUCAACAGAAAACUUUAGAAGAGCGUCUGCAGAAAACUCAGCAGGCCGCUGAAGAUCUUGAGAAUCUGAAGCUGGACAAUGCCAAGACACUGAUUUUAAAGGGAAACCUUGAGAAUAAACUUUUGGUGCUGAAAGAGACAACAUUUCAACAGAACAGUGAAAUCACUGACCUACAGAAUGAGAAAAGAAGGCUUGAAGAUAGUCUCGACACAACACAGCAACGGCUGAACACACUUGAAAAAGAGUUCAACAAAGAGAAAAGGACUACGUCUUCUCAGACAGAGACUGAGCUACACAUCGACAAAGACAAAGUCAGAAUGCUUCUGGAGGAUCUCUGGCAUUGUAUGGAGCCUUCAUCACAAACCCCUGAGCAAUUACUCCUCUCUGGAGAGCCUACAGCUUUGAAAAAACAACUUCCACCUCAACCCCAACCUCAACCAGUGUUUGCCAGUCCUUUAAGAAAACAGGUUUCUUGUCCAUCUCCAGAGAAGCUUUUGAGUCCAAAAACUCACCUGCUGUAUUCAAAACGUUCAACCCCCACACUGAAGGCGUCUUCUAAGAUCAGCAGAACUAAAUCAUCACCUCAGAACCUCAUAAAGCACAAUAAGGAACAGCAAUGCAGUAUGCCAAGCAGAAAGAGAAAAAUAAACUCGGAUGAGCUGGAACAUGUGGACUCUUGGACUAAUGAAACUUAUGAAUCCUCACAGAAGGAAAUAAACAAUGAAGACUUGCUAUCUGGAGAUCUUUACACAGAUUUGGAAGACAUUAAAGAGUUGUUUACACCUUUGCCUGCAGUUUUAUCACCUUUGCAUAGUCCUUUAAUAGAGAUGGAUGGCUCAAAUGAUGAUCAGCCAGUGUUAGAAAAUGUGCUGGAAAAUCACCUGGAAGCACAAUCAGACAUGCAAAUGAUUAAAAACACAACAUCAUUACAUUCCGAUGUCAAGAGCCAGAAGUCAUUGCUGAGUAGAGAAGUAGAAAAGUCUUCCGAUCUCUUCUCUCCGUUGACUCAUCUGAACCCAAAACCAGUUGCUGAUCUGGAUGUUGUAAACACAUCAUCCGAGAGCCAACACAUGGAGGUGGAGGAUGUAUCGGAAAUAAACAACACUCUAAAUCUGACUGCACAUCCCAGUGUAGAAAAUUUGCAUACACUGGAGAGUUCCUUAGAAGAUGAUGCCAGACAAACGGUGGACGAGAGUUUCCUGUUGAAUGAAAAUGGUGACACAACACAGCUUGAGGAAACUUUAAUUUCUCAACAGCAUGUGGAACCUGACCCAACAUCCAUCGCUUUGGUUGAAACUGCAGAAUGCAAACAUUUUCAGAGACAAUCUAACGUAUCAUUGAUGUCUGAUGUAAACUGUAGUAAAUUAGAAGAGAAUGAGGAAUUAAAAUCUCAUGCACCUCUGGAAAUAAGGACAGUUGCACAUAUAUCACAUGACAUUCAGAAUAAUCAGAAUAGACAAACCAACAAGUUAACAAAUGAGGACACAAAUUCAAUGCUUAUAGAAUCUGGGAAAGGUUCAGUUGAGAGGAAAAAUGAAGGUAUUUCCCCUUUAAAGAUUUCAAAGGAUGAAGAAUCUUCAUCAGAGGAUGAGGGGUUCUUUGGUUUGAAGAGGAAGGUCAGGGGGGUUCGGUCAAGGUCCGAAGCAAAGAUCUCCUCAGAAGAGCUGGAUGAUGUUUCUGAGAGUGAGCAGCGCUCCUCUGCAAAGCAACCGUUUGAAGAUGAGCCCCAAGGGUUGCAUUCUGAGAGCACAGAGACCUGUCAAUCUGGACUUUCCAAAGAAACCAUAAACCCUGAUGAUGAACAAGAGGCUAAACCACCAGAAAAUAAAACAACUGUUAGCAAAAGUCAGACAAGUAGCACUGAAGAUAUUCAAGGAGCAGAUGAUUCCGAGAAUCUCCAAAAAACAUUAGUGCAGACAAAUGAUAAAUCCCAUCAACACGGUGAGAUGUCAGUUGAUGACCUGAGCUCUGGCAUUGAAAGUUUGGACAGUAAUUUUUACAACCACAAGGUAACAUCAAGAGACACUGCAGAGGAUUGUCCAGAGGAUAUCAGCACAAUGUGCCACAUUACUCCUGAUCCAGAAACUUCUAACUCAUCUGAAAAAGAUGGAACUAUUUCACUUGUUCCAGAUCUCAACACAAAAGCUUCCGUUACACCGCCCCUACAUUUUUCUCUUGGAAGGGUUCGGACAGAGAUGGGUCCACCACUACCUCCAGUUGUUAUGCCGCUGACUGCUACUCCUCCAAGAAUUGCAAGACAUCACACCCCAUCAACGCCUACAAGAUUAGCAUCCGAUGCACCAAAGUCUCCUGAGAAGCCAACUUCAGUGCCUGCUAUCGAUUCAGCACUUUCAGAUACAUCGAAAAUGUCUCCGUGUUUGACCACUCCAUCACUGUCCUGUGGCGUUCCAUCCUCGCCGCUGCAGUUUGGAUCAGCUACUCCAAAACACGCUGUUCCGGUCCCAGGGCGACUGCCAUCAUCUGCCUUAUCCUCCUCGCCUCCCGCUGCUUCUCAGGAAAAUUCCAUGCAGAUGCUGGAUACCAUGUAUCCCGAGCUGUCGGCGCGAGCCCGCACUUUAAACAUACUCCGUGGAAAUGUCAACCUGAAUAGAAACGGCAACGAAAAUGGUGCAUCCCCUACAUCUGUCAACCAGAUAUCAGGAAACAAAACGAUUAGUUCCUCAUCCACUGCUUUUACCAAAACAGAGCAAAAACCAAAAAGGACAGGGGUGAACAUGCUUUUACCAAAGAGUGCUAAAAGACUCCGACUUGAUAACUGUUCGCCUGCUCCUGCAGAACAAGUGACGGAUCAUCAAGCAGUCCUUAACUCCUCUGAAGCUCCCCAAGAAAUACAAAAAAAUCUGAAAAUAGAGGAAAAACCAGAUGCCAAGAAAAAUGGCAAACAGCUCCAGAUCUCCGAAGCACUGGCCAAAAUAGGGAUCUCGUGUUUUGAAGUUUUGCCUGUUGUUAAGAGCCAUGUGUUUCUUGGGAGAAUAUCUCAGGAACCGAUAUUGAUUGAUGAAGAAAAGGCUGUGAUUGCUGAUUUUUGUGUGAAUCAGUCCUCAACGGAAGACAUCAUGUCUGCCAUACGGACAAAACUAAAAACGGAGCGUAGCGGUCUGAGUUUGGCAAAUCUACAAGCUCUCUGUAGAGUCUACGUGGGUUUGUGUCGCCAGAUUGGAGAUUAUCAAAAAGCCCAUUCUUUUGCCUACAGCAUCCUCAAAGAGGAUUUGCCUGAUGCCUGUAAACUUAUUUUAUUUAUGGUUACAACAUGGCCAAGUGUGCUGUUCCUUGAGACGACCUUGUGCAGAGCCAUCCACAUUGUGACCAAGUUAAAAGCAGAAGGAGAAAUUUUGGAGUACCUCACGAAAUAUCUGCACUGGGAUAAGAGCCCCCCAUGUGAUAUUUAUGACAUGAUCAGCAGUACACUGAAAACACUUCGAGAGGAUAAAGAUUUGACAUUUCAGAUGCAUCAUCGCCACGGUCACGACCUUUGCCCUGCCACAUGGGAAUGCAUAUUCACAUUGGAUCUCCUGUGUACACAUUUGAAGUGGAAGUGGACACAUGACGUUGUAAUUGGCAAAGAGCUCUGGCCCAUCAUGAACACAUGGAUAACACAGCGGAGGCCCCUGCAAACCCCAAUCCGGGAUGUUUCUGUAGCAGCUGUUCUCCGAUUAAUUGGUCGACUCGGUCAGUUAGGGAUAAAGGAGAAGCUAUUCAAAUCAGUGCAAAAUGUAGCAAGAGCCAUAAACCUCUUUGGCAAACACGGUAUUUUAGAAGGUGUUCCAAACCAGGUGCAGUUAUCUGCUGUCUAUGCAAUUUAUGACCUGGCACCCUGUAACCCUAAAGAUGCCCUGGAGGCUCUGGCAUCAUGGAGGAGUGAGACCUCGCAACCAGUUCCCUCUGCUGUGACCAGCUGCAUAACCCAGAUCGCAUCUCUCUGCCGACAAACGAAGUCCUGAAACUGUAUUUUUAACCAUGCACCUGCUGUUGCAUUUCUUUUAUGAAAGAAGAUAUCCUGAAAAUGUGACUGAACCAGAAUCAAGGCAUCACAUGCAAUAGAAUAUCUGUAUACAUUUAUAACAGUAAAACUGAAAAUUCUUGUACAUUUGUGUAUAUUGUGUAUGUAGAUUAAAGACAAUUAAGUUUAUAUCAUAAA